AUGUACAGGCAACACGCCGGCGGCCCGACCUCCAUUGGCUCGGCCUCACAUCGCCAUCCGACUUCCAUCCUGCGUCCGGCCACAACGCCGCUGACCUCAACUUCCUCUGACGGAUUCCGGUUUCUCCGGCAACCGCGUGCACACCCGCCGGAGAAGACGACCGUAUCAUCCCGCCUGCCAGCAUCCAUUGACCGCCGUCUCCAUCGAUCCCCUCCCUCGCUCGCCGGAGUCCCCUCCAUCGGCGCUCCCACUGCCGCCGACUACCCGUUUUUCGUCACCUGCUCCUUCAACCUCAUGCCGGAGUUUUGCUGCGCCACCACGAUGAAUCCGCCACCGGCAACCACGCCUCUGGUCUCGGUGCUCACAGGCUUCCACCGCCUUCAACGGCAGCCACGCCAGAGCUCUUCUUCGUCCCUCCGGCCACUUCAUUCGACCAGCACCAGACCGACCGCCCCUAACCGUCUACAGCGCCAUGGUCGAAAUCACCAAAAUCAUCUACUUCAUCUGAUCAAGUUCCCAUCACUCUUCUAUAUCUAA